AUGACGAGAGAGCUUUCGUUACUCUCUUCCAAGACACCAACUGCAAUCGCUGCAACACCAAACCUGAAUAUCGCUCAUGUCCAACUCCGUGAUUUGGUCAUUUGCCCUCGAGAAAGAGGGCUCAUAAACUAUGUGACGCGGAACUCGGUCGUGGAACAGGACUUGUAUAAUCCCAGAUCAACCCCUAGACCUCUAUUCGACCUUUCAUUCUAUCCGGCCAAUAUCACAUCCUUGGAGGUUUUAGGAGGUACCGCUACUCUUUUCGCUGCUGGUGGGCAAGACGCCGAACUACAUCUUUCCUUACAUCACCACUCCACGAGGCGCCGCCGCACCGGUGCAUUAGAGUGGAAGUUCGAAGAACGUUUACAGGCUUCAAUCAAUAAUUCCAUUCUCCUCACCUCGCUCAAUCUCGGGAGAUCGAACGAGAGCAGUCUCGAGCCGAGACUUGCCAUUAGCAACAACGAUUGUACCGUCAAAUUUUUCGAUAUUCCAAUGUCUGUGAGAGGAGGCGGAAACUCUCUCAAGAUAAGGAACGCGGGUUCUGUGCGGCUGAAUGUCGCCGUUAAUCACUCUUCAAUAUCCCCUGACGGAACUUGUCUCCUCUCAGUCGGAGACUCUUCCAAAGUUUACCUCCAUCGCAUUCAUGGUGGCGGUCAGCUGUCCUUCUCGUCUAUCGCCACUCUCGCCAUGCCACCUCCUGACCGCAACCUUCUAUCCCAUUUCUCGUCUUCUCUGGCUGCUUCGUUUAGUACCUCUUUUUCCCGCGACGGAACAAAGUAUGCUGUCGCCUCUCAAGAGGGUGUCGUUUGCGUAUGGGAUGUUCGAAGCAUUAAACCGUUAAAGGUGUACCAAACUGACAAAUCUGAGUCGUGGAAUGGUGCUGGUAAUGGAUUGGCGAGUGGCUAUCUUUCGGAUGAUCCAUAUGAAUGGACAAGAGGUCUUUCUAAAGCCCCUGGAUGGAGCGCAAGGAACGUGAAGUUUGGAAAUGGAGGAGUGGACGGGUGUGGGAAGGAAAUUAUGACUUUUACAGAGCACACGUCACGACUCCAUGUGAUCGAUGCUCGGACCUUUGAAACCGAGGAAAUCGUCCAGGUGCCUUCUAUACCUGCACCCAAGCAACGUACAUCGCCUUCCACAACUGCACGGACUAGCUCCAUCAGGCACACAAUAUCCCCUCGGACAUCGCAGACACGAAGCCGUUCAUCCUAUGUUCGUCCAUACCAGCGUCCGGCAUCUAGUGCCCGAGCUCUUGCCGCUUCGAUUGUCAAUCCACACCCACGAUCCAACAUUCCCUUCUCAAUACCGGUCUCUGCUACAUCUCAUACAUCAGGUUCUAGCACUCGUCGUGACACUUCUCAGUCACCGUAUGUCGUCCUCGCAUUAGAGGAUACGUUCCGGAUUCCGACUAGGGUUUCUGAUUCUGCGGAAGAACUCAACGCGAGUGCAAGCGGCUCAUGGCGGCGCGGAGAUAAUUUCGAGAGAGAUUCAGAAGAAGAUCUGGUGGUCAUUCCUCCGCUUGGAGAUCGUGAAGUCGAAGAUGAUGUACGAGCGCUUCUAGGAAGUCAUGGAAUACGCUCAAGACGCUUGGGAGGUGUUGGCGUUGGUAUUUCCGAUCAUGCAGAUGAAAACUAUGAUCGGAAUCGCGAUGAGAGGAUGGAAAUUGACGAUGAGCUCGAUGAACUUGGUAUGGAACCGGAGAUCGAGUGGGAUUGUAUUUCGUCGCAUGUACCCUCGAGAAGCUCUUCUCCCCGCCCCUCUUUGAGUCCCCCACCAUCUAAUAAUCGUUGGACACCAUGGUCGAGAGUCGAAGCACUUAGUAGGAUUGGAGCUCGAGUUCUGGAUCGAACUAGUAGUGGAGAUGGUGCGGACAUGGACGACGACAAUGCUGAAGGCGAUGGUGCAGAUCACGACGAAGAUGUUGACUUGAAUACCGAAUACCAGGGGGGUUCCUUUGGACUCGAUGGAAUGGAUACUCUUGGUAGUACCCUGAAGUAUGACCCGGACUUGGACAUUGCUGGGACUUGUUUUGAUCCGACUGGUGGGUAUAUUUAUGCUGCCACGACGGAAGGUGUGGUAGAGUGGAACGUUAGGGGAUGGGAUAAGAGGUGGUGGUCGGAUUCAGGGGACGUGUGGUGCUGA